AUGGCUCUUCAGAAAAUACCCAGGUGGACUAUGAAGUGGGACUUGUGUCUGACUGGCCUCAUCCUGACCAUCAUUCUUCUCCAGGGCUCUGAUGUCCGGGCAGAUGAAGAAGACAAAUCCUUAAGCAUAUCAGUGGUGGAAUCUGAAGACAAGAUCUUUCUGAAGUGCAAUGGCACAGAAUUCUCAUGGAUGUUCUUGGAGGAAUCAUCAAAUAAAAGUUAUCUAGGCAAUAAAAAUGUGGACUUGGGAAAAAAAAUCCAGGAUCCCCGAGGAAUAUAUCAGUGUAGUGACAACAAGGACAAGAAGUCUGUCCUACAGGUUUAUUAUCGAAUGUGCCAGAACUGUGUGGAAGUGAAAUCAAGCUCUCUGAUUGGCAUUCUGAUUGCUGAUAUUAUUGCCACGGUUUUUCUGGCUGUUGGAGUCUACUGCUUCGCAGGGCACGAGGAGGGGCAUCUCUCAGCAGCUUUUGAUAAGCAGAUUCUGAUGCAGAAUGAUGCACUCUACCAGCCACUUAGAGAUCGAGAUGACAAUUCAUAUAGCCAUAUUGGAGGCAAACGACCUAAGAACAAGUGAGCGCAGGAAUUUUUGACCUGGAACAGCACUCCAACUACAUGCUAACAACUGUCUUCCCUAGUUAUUUAGCCAAUAAAAUUCUCUGCUAUUUCACUCAA